AAUAGAUCAAUCAUAACUCGACACGUGCACAGUAAAAGACGUCUGAAAUUUACGCGUAUUUAUACCCAUUGUUUGAAAGGCAAACCAAGCCAAGCACAAAACAGAGCGGGAAGGCGUGACGAAUCCCACAGCAGCUCAGCGAGGAAGCUUUGCCUUUACUCAGCUCAUCUUCUCUCUCUAGGGCGCAUUUCUCCCUCCCGUGCUCUGUCUCGCCUCUCGUCGCCGUUACAGUUAUGGCACCACCUACAGAGCAGUCAGAAAAAAUCCCUGUUUUCAAGAAGCUGCCUCUUAAUGAAAGGAUACUCUCUUCCAUGACUAGGAAAAAUGUUGCUGCUCAUCCUUGGCAUGAUCUUGAGAUAGGACCUGGAGCUCCAAAGAUCUUCAACUGUGUGGUCGAAAUAAGUAAGGGAAGUAAGGUGAAAUAUGAACUUGACAAGAAAACUGGUCUAAUCAAGGUUGAUCGAGUUCUAUACUCAUCGGUUGUGUACCCUCAUAACUAUGGCUUCAUACCCCGCACACUCUGUGAAGACAGUGACCCAAUGGAUGUAUUGGUCAUUAUGCAGGAGCCAGUUCUUCCAGGAUGCUUUCUCAGAGCUAAAGCUAUCGGCCUCAUGCCUAUGAUUGAUCAGGGAGAGAAAGAUGACAAGAUAAUUGCUGUCUGUGCUGAUGAUCCUGAAUACCGUGAUUAUACUGACAUUAAAGAGCUCCCGCCCCAUCGCUUGGCUGAAAUCCGUCGUUUUUUUGAGGAGUACAAGAAAAAUGAGAACAAGGAGGUUGCUGUUGAUGACUUUCUGCCAGCCACUAAUGCAUAUGGAGCUAUACAGCUCUCCAUGGACUUGUAUGCAGACUAUAUCGUGGAGAGUCUGAGGCGCUGAUUUUUCCCAUCUGUCCUGGGGAGAUAAUUUUCCGGACCUAUGCGUAAGUAAUAUCCGUAAACUGAUCCAUAUAAUACUAUAUUGUACGAGUAUAAUACUUUGAUGAAGACAGAAAACAUUGUAAUAGAGCGACGGAAAAAGGCAUGUUGAAAUCAAAGGUGAUGGUGAAAACCAAAGUUAUACCCCUCUGUUUGUAUAACUAACUUGCAGUUUUUCAUCUGUGAAUUUGAUUAUCUGUUUUUGCCUUC